UCUCAACGUUGUUAUCGUAUGUCGUAUGUGAACACCAUUAUAUUGAUCUCUCCCAUAUUCAACACAAUAGAGGCUUACAGGGGCAUGGUACGACAUCAUCGGCACAUGCCAAAACCCUCUUACAGUUUCCUUGGGACGACAACUAACUCAAAUGCUGCAGUUAUUGGAUUUCUUGUUUUCAUAAUACUCACUGUUUACUGCUAUGCCCUUUUGCAGAUCUCACAGCCAAUCGAAUCUUCGUUGACUAAUAGUGCUCCGGUGUUCCGACCUCAGCUGACUCUUAUUCUCUCCCAACAAAGAUCGGGUUCCAGUUGGCUGGGCUCCAUUUUCAACUCCGAUCCAGAGAUAUUCUAUCUGUUUGAACCGCUACACACCAAGAUAUAUCAGUCAUCAUCCCUCCUUCUCUCCACUGUCGAUGCUCAGGUUGAAAUUCUCCACAAUAUUUGCACCUGCAACUUUGACAGCGAAAUACCUUCUUAUGGUGUUUUGGAGCACAGCAGUGUGGGGCAACGAGCUCAAACUUUGCUCUACAACGUGGAUACAGGUUACCUUCGGGACCAGUGUUUAUCAGCUAAAGCAAGAGUAGCUAAAGUGGUCAAGAUAGCAGACAUUUACACGUUAGAAAGACUGCAGACCAAAUACCCAGGGUGCGAGUUAGAUGUGGUCCAUCUUGUUAGAGAUCCGAGAGGUUCCGUCAACUCAAGGAUGGGAACAUUCCAGAGGUUCUUUCCCGGAGAGGUGACAACAACGAACUUUACAGUGGAAGAUGUGAGCAGGGCUGCUGGGAUUCUGUGUGAGGAUCGGACCAGGUUGGUUAAGGGGCUGCAAACUUUUCAUCGAGCUAGGAGACUUCUGACCGUCAAGUAUGAGGAUAUAGCAGAAGAUCCUAUAACAUCGAUCAAGGAUCUAUUCUCACAACUGGACAUCACAUUCUCGAUCAGCGUGUACAACUACAUUCUAGAGUCCUCCAAAGCAUCCAGCAUAGAGUCUGGUGGGUAUGACACAAUGAAGAACUCCCGGGCAGUAUACAAAAAGUGGAUGCAAACCAUGGAAACCUCACACGUCCAAGCAGCAACCGUUGCUUGUUCUGAGCUGUUAAAAACUCUGAACUACAACACCACACUCUCCUGAUAACUUAUCACUUCUUGCAUAAUUUAUGUUUUUAUGAUUUGCUCCUCUUCACAAGUUAGACGAUUACAAUAGCAGGGACACGUGGACUGCCGUGCAUGACGAGGCAAGCAGCCGCCGAGCAGCUACUCAAAUAACCGGGCCAUUCUCCUUUUCUGAUAUCGGUUAUCGUGUUUUACACGUCUGUUUAAUAUAAGUGUCCACAGUAUAGUUGAUUUGCUUGCUUGAAUACCUGGACAAUACUUCCUAUCGUGACGUUUUAAUUAGAAUUGUAGGCUGAAGCAGUAGACAGAUAGAUACGAAGAAACAGCCGCUGUGUUAUAUUGAGGUCGAUUGCUUGUUAUACAGUGUUACAGAGUGUUCUAAGUAAAUUAUCAUUAGCUCUAUAUAUAAGCUGUGUAAUUACUUGUUACAAGAUCAGAGGAUAAUUUUCUCUUAACAUUGACCUUUGUACCUUGAUGACAUAUCGUCUUUACCGUCACCAUUUACCAGUUAUCCUCUUAUAGUCAGUCUUCAGAGCACAUUUACCUCCACUCUGUAUGUUCUCAUAGUUCAUUUCAUUUGUGGGACCUUUUAAUGGUGUUUCUGUUUGUGGUUAGAAACCUGAUCAGUGGUAUUUUACUGUGAAAUUACAAAUCGACUUUACAACUCACACUAGACCGUAGAGCCCCCUGUACUUACUAUUCUCCUAACUUUAUCCUAAAACUUUGUCUGAUUGGACCGACCGACUCUACAGUAAUCGGCAACUUGUUUAAUUAAAUCUAUUUUGAUUAAGUUUAAUGUGUGCGGUGAGAUUGUCUGAUAGCGUAGUCUCAGUUGCAAUUGUCACUGCUGACUACUCUUAAUCUCGCUUCUGACCUAAUCAAUUUGCUGCCUUGACAAUGGUCUUUGUAUUUGUAUUUUGUACUAUGUUGGAUAAAUUUUUAGAUGCAUCUAAUUACAGCUCUUAAUUUCAGAAAGUAUACGUUUUG